UAUAGUUAAAUACAUGUCCAUAACUUUCAAUAAUCAUUUUUAAGAAGUUUUGCCUAAAAUUCCGCACAAACCCCUUUUAUUGUUAAUAAGAAUAAAAAGAAACGCUAAAAAUGAUGAACGGGGGUAGCAUAAACCAAGAUUUGAUUUUUACAUACUAAAACAGUGCCACUCAAAAGACUCAAAAACCCUGCAAAAAUGGAGCCAACAAAUCCUCGGAAAACCAAAUCUUCUUCCCUCAAACGCCGGCGAGAAGACUCCACCGCCGACGACAACCACCCCACCACCGCCGUCGACAAUGGCAUCGAUCUCUCUCUCCUCGACGCCAUUGAAAAAUCCCAUUCAACCGUCGAAACUCUCGACCUCAAAACCCUAAAAAAACUCGUCCUCUCCUUCGAGCGUCGUCUUCGCGACAACAUCGAAGCUCGUCUCAAAUACGCCGACCAACCUGAGAAGUUCGCCGAUUCCGAGAUCGAACUUCACGAGGAACUUCAAAAGCUCAAAGUUCUUGCUGCCGCACCUGAGCUUUACCCUGAGUUAGUUAAUCUCAAUACAAUUCCAUCAAUUCUGGGAUUAUUGAACCAUGAUAAUACUGAUAUUGCAGUUGAUGUAGUUUCGCUUCUUCAGGAUUUAACUGAGGAGGAUGUUUUGGAGGAUAAUGAUGAACAAGCUAGGGUUUUAGUUGAUAAUUUGGUUGAGAACAAUGUUUUAGAAUUGCUUGUGCAGAAUUUGUUGCGGAUGAAUGAGAGUGAUCCCGACGAGGCGGCUGCAAUUUAUACGACAUUGGAUACGCUCGAAAAUCUGAUUGAAGUUAAGCCCCAGGUGUCGGAAAUUGUUUGUGAGAAGACUAAGUUGCUAAGGUGGUUGUUAGGGAAGAUUAAGGUGAAGGAAUUUGAUGGGAAUAAGGAGUAUGCGUCGGAGAUAUUGGCGAUUUUGCUGCAGAAUAGUACGGCGAAUCAGAAGAGGUUGGGGCAGAUGAAUGGUGUGGAUGUGAUGUUGCAGGCGGUAGCUAUGUAUAAGUCUAAGGACCCGAAGAGUUCCGAGGAAGAGGAGAUGCUUGAGAAUUUGUUUGAUUGUUUGUGUUGUUUGUUGAUGCCAUUGGAGAAUAAGGAGAGGUUUGUAAAGGCUGAAGGGGUGGAAUUGAUGAUUAUUAUUAUGAAGCAAAAGAAGUUGGCAUAUGGGUCUGCUAUAAGGGCUCUUGAUUUUGCAAUGACCAAAUAUCCUCCGGCUUGCGAACGGUUUGUGGACGUUUUGGGGUUAAAAACUGCUUUUGCUGCUUUUAUGGGUAAGAUACCAAUCAGCAAGAAGCAUAAGAAAGAGCGAUUUCGGGAGGAGUUAGAGGAGCGAGUAAUAUCGCUGAUUUCAUCAUUAUUUGCUGGGAUCUUGAGAGGAUCUAGAAGAGAACGAUUGUUAAGCAAAUUUGUGGAAAGUGAGUGUGAGAAGAUAGACAGGCUAAUGGAACUUUAUGUGAGGUAUACUGAUAGAGUAAAGGCUGAGGCUGAACGCUUGGACCAUAUGGAACUUGAUGAUUUUGAGAUGAACGAGGAGGAGAAGUACAAUAGAAAGUUGGACUCUGGUCUCUACACACUCCAGCUGAUUGCUGUUAUAUUGGGUCAUCUGUGGACCUCUGAGAACUCACGGAUAAGAGGAAGAAUUGAACUUUUACUUAAGCAGCAUAAGCUCACGAAAAAUGAUGUGAAGGAUAUACUUCAGGAAUAUCAUGACAACAUUGGAGACCUUGACGGACCAGAGGAGAAAGAACGGGCGCAAUCAAAAAUUCAGAAGUUUAUAUCUGCCUUUUGAGCAUUCUCUCCCUGGCUGAAGGAACUAAAAUAGUAUAAUGGGCGAGUCUGCUAAACACCCAUAGAAAGGAGUCAUAUGGCGGCCUUUAAUGUAAACAGGCAAUAUGCAUAGCAAUACUAGCAUACUGUUGUCCUGUGAAUUUUCAUCAUCGGUUCAUUCACUGUUCAUUUUCCAUGUAAAAUUUUGGCACUUGCUAAAUUGUUCAAUGUAAGCACAACAUUGUUACUCCAUUUACUGAGUACUGAGCUUCCUUGGGCCUCUUUCUCUUCUUUUCUGUCUGGAUUUUAACAAAAAUGGACAAAUGGGGGUUGGGGCCUUGGGGGCUCUUUUCCUAAACUUUAUUAUUACUACAUCUGUUUCAAUUUAUUUGUCUCAUUUUGUUAAUAAAAAGUUAUUUAUUUUUACA